GCGAGGAAGAAUUGAAAGGGCUGUGUCCUCGUGCAAAAUUCAGACGUAAAACAGAGGAAGCAAGGGUUCAAACAAGAUGGGAUUUGCAGAACAAGCAAUGGCGGAGGAGUUAGCACAAACCAUGGUCUUUACUCGUUGUUUAAUCAAGGAGAAGCUGUGCUUAUUACUUGUUGAUGGAGGCAGGGAGACCAAUCUAAUUUCCACCAGGAUCGUUAGCGAAUUGGGGCUGCCAUUACAGCUACAUCCAGCCCCAUAUUCUCUUCAAUUGCCAUACGAGAAGUAUUCAAGCAUCGUGGUUACCCAGGUGGCCGUGAAGUUUACAAUUGGAAAAUACGAAGAUCAUGUACUGUGUGAUGUUGUUUAUAAUCUUCCUAGUGAUAUUGUUUUGGGACAACCUUGGUUCCAUGAUCGACAGGUCCAGCGGGUUAGUAGAAGAUGCAAGCAAUUCCGAUUGAAGCUUUACAACAAGGUGUUUAUUUUGAAACCGUUGGCUGCAGGAGAGGCUUUGGAUGAUUUGAAGGUGCUGCGACGUCUUCAAGAAGUGUUUCAGGAGGCCUUGACUUCAAGGAAUUCGUUGCUGAGAAGGGAACUAGUCAAGACACAGGUCGGAGCUGGCUGCCUCUGCUCUUCGCCGGAAAAACAGAGUCUGCAUUCUGCAGACAAGUUCGAUGUUGUAAAGGAUGAAUCGAUCAAUGGGGCGAGCACAGGUGUAUUCCUCGACGGCGGAGGAAUUUCGAACAAUGAAUCAGGAGCUUCAGAGAUACCUGAAUCCGCUCAAGUCGAUCCGUUGACGCCGACGACGUGAGACUGUCUUGCGCUGACGGAACAGAGUCCGCAGAGGGCUCUCGUGGGUAGCAUCACCGACGAAGAGUCGAAACUCGCCGAUGAUAUCGACGUGAUUCCCAAGACCCCAGAAACGUCAGAAGUCCACCCAAUUGAGUCGAAUGUACCUGGAAUUGAAGAUUCAAUCCUCUUGAAAUCGGCUCUAUUCGUGAAGCAAAGCAGUGGCGAUGACCAUCUCGUGGCCGGAGCAGAUGACGACAAUUUGGAACUCGACGAGGGUGCCAACACAAUCUCUACGAUUACAGGGACGUCACCGGUACCUUCAACGGGAACGAACAUACCUGAAAUUGCCAAUUUGACUUUGUCAAAAUCUCCUCUGUUUGUGACGAAGAAGGUCGACCAAGACCCCUUAUUGCGCAAGGUUCCCCAACUCGAUUCGAGCCAACCCAGCACUUCAGAGACAUCAAGGGAGGUCCUAGGAACGUUUCUAAGCGACCAAUUCUUCUCGAAGAAGCUUGAAUCAGAAACGCCCAAAUUGAAAUCGGAAAUUCUAGGUUUCCAGAAUUUAAAAUCGGCCGACGGCGGGAAAGACGAAAUCGUAUUUUCGUCGACGAAGAGGGUGAAUCGAGCCGAGGAACCAGUUCAGAAUGACGAUUGGAGAUGUGGCGAAGCUGAUGGAAGCAGUGAAUUGAGCUGGGAAUGCCUGGAAUCGAAAGCCCCAAUUUGCUCAAUGAAGAAAAUUAACCUAA